GACGGGCCGAGUGGCGGCGAUGGCGCACGAAGCGCGGCGGUUACGCGAAUCCUUCGCGGACGUGCGCCGCUUAUAUCAGCGCUGCCUGUGCCCUUCAAAUGACACUACUUCGUUAGUAACGGCGGCGGACGGAGCUUGCUUUCUCUCGCGUUGCAAUCAAGAAGACGACAUGAGCAAGAUCGGAAUCAACGGAUUUGGCCGUAUCGGCCGUCUCGUGCUGAGGGCUUCCCUGGAGCGCGGUGGUCAGGUCGUCGCCAUCAAUGAUCCCUUCAUUGGCCUUGAUUACAUGGUCUACAUGUUUAAGUACGACUCCACUCAUGGCAGAUUCAAGGGUGAGAUCAAGGCCGAGGAUGGCUGCCUGGUCGUCAACGGGAACAAGAUCGCCGUCUACAGCGAACGCGAGCCGAAGGCGAUUCCAUGGGCGAAGGCCGGCGCCGAGUACAUCGUCGAAUCAACCGGCGUGUUCACAACCAUUGAGAAGGCAUCCGCUCACUUGGAAGGCGGCGGCAAAAAGGUCAUCAUCUCCGCUCCGUCGGCCGAUGCACCGAUGUUCGUCGUCGGUGUGAACUUGGAAGCUUACGAUCCGAGCUGCAAAGUAGUCUCCAACGCCUCCUGCACCACCAACUGCUUGGCGCCUCUCGCCAAAGUAAUCCAUGAUAACUUCGAGAUCGUCGAAGGCCUCAUGACCACCGUUCACGCGAUUACGGCCACUCAAAAAACCGUCGACGGACCUUCUGGCAAGCUGUGGCGUGACGGUCGCGGUGCGGCGCAAAACAUCAUUCCCGCAGCAACCGGCGCUGCGAAAGCAGUCGGCAAGGUCAUUCCGGCUCUCAACGGAAAACUCACCGGCAUGGCCUUCCGUGUUCCUGUGCACAACGUAUCCGUGGUCGACUUGACGGUCCGGCUCGCCAAGCCCGCCACCUACGACGCUAUCAAGGCCAAGGUAAAGGAGGCUGCUACCGGCCCCCUGAACGGCAUCCUGGGCUAUACCGAAGACGAUGUGGUCUCGUCCGAUUUCAUCGGUGACAACCAUUCGAGUAUCUUCGACGCCAAGGCUGGCAUAUCUCUCAACGACAACUUCGUGAAGCUGAUCUCGUGGUAUGACAACGAGUUCGGUUACUCCAGCCGAGUCAUCGAUCUGAUCAAGUACAUGCAAAGCAAGGACAACUAAAUAGCCCUCAGAAAUCGAUUUAUUCAUUUAUGUCCUCCUCUAGCUCCGAUCUCGUCACUCCGAUGGUCAAACAGUUGUGCCGGCAUAUCACUGUUGUAUGAACACCUCGUAUUAAUCAAUCGUUGUUGCUAACUCGUAACGCAGAUAUACACGAAAUAAAACAAAGGGUGUAAAAAAAAAUACUUCGUCAUACAGUCGAGAUGCGGUCGUAGCUGAACUGAUGUGUUCUCGUCGUCGAUUGGGAGACAAGGCAGGCUCUAGCGCGUUUAUCCGUAUGUAAAAGUCCACAUGUAUCUGUCUUGUAUCGGAAUUAACUGGUCAAUAGACCGUAAAUGUAAAUGUGAACGUCUGUAACGUGAAUGUUGAUGCGGCAGAAUCUAUAUAAUCGCGAAAUUCGUGUUUACAGCAGAGAGAGAUCUUAUGAUUUCAUUCAUCGUAAACGAGCAAACAAUUCCUGAUGAUUAAUCAUAC